AUGAGGCUGCCAACGGCCGGCCCCAGCACUGGCCAGACCUGUGGGCUUGUGCUGAUCUCCGCUGUGCUGCUGCAAUCCAUUUGCGUGGCGGUGACUUUCCUUUCCUUCACUAAUGAGCUGAAACAGCUCCAGAGGUGGCUGAACACAAGCAGCAUUCUAGGUGCUCCUUAUUGGACCCAUUUAAAAAGGAUGGAGAAGAAGCUGCUAGCUGUGCCGGCAGCAAGUACUGUUCGCUUCCAUUGCCCUGCAGCAGGCAACCCCACCCCAUCCAUAUACUGGCUGAAAAAUGGCAAAGAAUUCAAGGGAGAACAUCGAAUUGGGGGCAUCAAAUUACGGCAUCAGCAGUGGAGCCUAGUGAUGGAGAGUGUGGUUCCGUCAGACCGAGGGAACUACACGUGCAUUGUAGAGAACAAAUAUGGCAGCAUUAGGCACACUUACCAGCUAGAUGUAGUAGAAAGGUUCCGCCACCGGCCUAUUCUCCAGGCUGGACUGCCUGCCAACCAGACUGUGGUGGUAGGGAGUCAUGUCGAGUUCCACUGCAAGGUGUACAGUGAUGCCCAGCCUCACAUCCAGUGGCUGAAACACGUGGAAGUCAACGGCAGUAAAUAUGGAUCCAACGGGGCAUAUGUCACGGUGCUAAAGACGUCAGGUGUUAACACAGCGGAUGAGGAGCUAGAAAUUCUGUACUUGCGAAAUGUUACUUUUGAGGAUGCAGGGGAAUAUAUUUGUCUCGCUGGCAAUUCUAUGGGGUUUUCACAUCAUUCUGCUUGGCUGACGGUUCUACCAGAGCUAGUGGAGGCGGAUGAUUCUGGCUCCGUUUUUGCUGUGAUCCUCCGCUGUGGGGUUGGCUUCGUUUUCUUCUUCUUGGUGGUUGUCAUCAUGAUUGUCUGUAGGGUGAAAAUGACCAACAAAAAAGCCAUGAACACCCCUACUGUACAGGCAGUUGGCAAUAACAUUUUAUUUGCUCUAUUGAAGCCGGUGUCAUUGGAGUCAAACCCUUCCAUGAAUUCCGGUACCCCGCUGGUCAAUCUCACCCACCUCUCAUCCAGCGAUGGGCUGAAGCUAGCAAAUGUCUCAGAGCUCGAGCUGCCUGCUGAUCCCAAGUGGGAAUUAACAAGAUCUCGCCUGACUCUGGGGAAACCUCUGGGUGAAGGUUGUUUUGGUCAAGUGGUGAUGGCAGAAGCGACUGGGAUCGAUAAGGACAAACCAGACAAGGCCAUCACUGUAGCUGUCAAGAUGUUAAAAGAUGAUGCUACUGACGAGGAUCUUUCUGACCUGGUGUCCGAAAUGGAAAUGUUGAAAAUGAUUGGGAAUCACAAAAAUAUCAUUAACCUCCUAGGCGCCUGCACGCAGGAUG